UGACGCCAAAGUAAACUUUAUUCAAGAAAAGAUCAACAACAACACAAAAAGUUAAAUAACAAUGACGGAAUUAGAGUGACGGAUAAAGAGCAUUGUGCAAUACAUAUUUUCCUACUUAUUUUUUGGAAAAGCUGGUGGCCUAGUGAUAAGAUGCGACUUUCAAUUCGGAGGUCGCAAAACGAAUGAGUUUUUCGCAACUUAUGUGCGGAAUGUCAUUUGAUACUUGCUAGUCGCUUUUCGGUGAAGGAAAACAUCGUGAGGAAACCGGACAAAUCCUAAUAAGGCCUUCGGGUUAGAAGAUCAGGUGGUAGUCGCUUUCGUAAAACUAGUGCCUACGCCAAAUGUUGGGAUUCAAUGAGCCGUGACAAAAGCCGAGAUAAUGCAAGUAGGAUAAUACUUAAACCGGCUCGUCUGAUGCUGCCUGGUGAUGAUGAGUCCUCACUCACUUGCCGCACCUACGUAUUCCAAGAUGAAAGCCACACAUUAGGGAAUGCUUUGAAAUGCAUUAUAAGUAGAUAUGAAGACGUCCAAUUCUGUGGCUACACAGUGCCACACCCUGCAGAAGCUAAGAUGCACUUCAGAAUACAGGCUCACGAGACAGCAGCACUAGAAAUAUUAAAGAGAGGAAUCAAGGACCUUGAAAAAGUCUGCGAUCAUACUAUCAACUUGUUUGAAAGUGAAGUAAAAGAAUAUUGUAAAACUUAAAGCAGUUGUUUUCUUUCGUUUAUUAACAAAAUUGUGUCAUCUAAUGCCUACAUGUGAAUUG